AUGGUGAGGAUGAGGGCGGCCCUCCUCCUUGUUGCAGUGGCCGCAGCGGUGGCCGGCCUUGCCGCUGCCAAUUUCCGGGAUGACUGCGACCUCCCCUGGGAGCCCCAGAACGCCAAGUUUACGAGCGACGGCAACGGCCUCUCGAUGUCGCUGGUCAGCAACUCCUCAGGCUGCAUGCUCCGGACAAAGAAGCAGUACAUAUACGGGACCGUGUCAACCCUCAUCCAGCUCGUCCCAGGCAACUCGGCCGGCACGGUCACCACAUACUACGCAUCCUCUGUUGGAGACAACCAUGACGAGAUCGACUUUGAGUUCCUGGGCAACGUGAGUGGCCAACCAUACACCUUCCACACCAACAUCUACGCCAAUGGCGUGGGCAACAAGGAGAUCCAGUUCAAGCCCUGGUUCGACCCCACCACCGGCUACCACAACUACACCAUCGCGUGGAGCCCCUGCAUGAUCGUGUGGUACGUUGACAGCAUCCCCAUCCGGGUGUUCCGCAACUACCAGAAGAGCUACGGCGUGGCGUACCCGACGAGCCGGCCCAUGUAUGCCUACUCCAGCAUCUGGGCGGCGGAGGACUGGGCCACGCAGGGCGGCCGCGUCAAGACCGACUGGUCCAAGGCGCCGUUCGUCGCCAACUACCAGAACAUCCACCUCGACAUCUGCGAGUGCGGCUACGGCGGCUGCAGUACCAACUGCCCGGCAGCGGCUGCGGCGCCCAACAACGGGGCGUGCCAGCUGAGCCCCGACCAGCGGGGGCUGAUGCAGAGCCUGCAGAGAAACUACACCAUCUACGACUACUGUAACGACUCCAAGAGGUGGACCAACGGCAUCAAGCCAACCGAGUGCGGCCUGCCACAGUACUGA